AUGGACAAAGAGGAAGAUAGAAGGCCACCCAGGCCUUCUACACCAGUUCCACCGACUCAGGUUUCUCUUUGUCCAGAAAAUGCUUACUACCCGCCAUUUAUGAUUCAUCCAAAUGCAUAUCCGAAUUCAUAUACAUACGCAUGGGGUAGCCAGCCCCCACCAAUGCCACAUUUUUCAUCAAUGUUCAUCUACCCACCGUCGACUAAUGCGGAGGAGUCAGGUCGUGUUAAACAAACGAACCAGCCCCCACCAAUGCCACAUUUUCCAACAAUGUUCAUCUACUCGCCGUCGACUAAUGCGGAUGACUCGGGUCGUGUUCAACAAACGAACCAACCCCCACCAAUGCCACAUUUUCCAACAAUGUUCAUCUACCCGCUGUCGACUAAUGCGGAGGAGUCGGGUCGUGUUCAACAAACGAACCAGCCCCCACCAACGCCACCUUUUCCAACAAGGGAUAUAUACCCGCCGUCGACUAAUGCGGAAGAGUCAGGUCGUGUUCAAAAAACGAACCAGCCCCCACCAACGCCACAUUUUCCAUCAACGUUCAUGUCGACUAAUGUGGAUUGUUCGGACCAUGUUCAACAAAUGUCAUGCACUCCGUCUAGUACUAGAGAGGACUCGACAAGCUUUGAAAAGACCGCAAGUAAUCCAGAGACUGCGGAGACAUUGGCAUUUAUAUCCGGAAGUGAAAAUAAUGUUGGAGGUACUUUAUUAGACGUAUAG